AUGUCUUCUUCCGCCGACGCCGCGCCCGCCAUGGCCUCCAACCCCAAAUUCAUCUUCUUCACGGAUUUUGACGGCACCGUCACCACGGCCGACUCAAACGACUGGAUGACCGACAACCUGGGCUUCGGCCGCGAGCGCCGUGAGGAGCUCAACAAGGAGGUCCUCUCGGGUACCAGCCACUUCCGCGACACCUUCCAGAAGAUGCUCGACAGCGUCGACACGCCCUUUGACGAGUGCGUCCGCCUUCUCGAGGCCAACAUCAAGCUCGACCCCUACUUCAAGGAGUUCUACACCUGGGCCCGCGAGAACAAUAUCCCCGUCAUCAUCCUCAGCGGAGGCAUGACCCCCGUCAUCAGCAACCUGCUCGACACCCUCCUCGGCAACGGCACCUGGGACAUCCAGAUCGUCAGCAACGACGUCCAGGUCGCCCCGGGCAAGGAAUCCAUCAACGAGAAGGCCGGGUGGACCAUCAAGUACCACGACGACAGCAUCCACGGCCACGACAAGUCCAUCGAGAUCCGCAAGUACUCGUCCCUCCCUAACCGGCCUACCCUCUUCUACGCCGGUGACGGCGUCUCCGAUCUGUCCGCUGCCAAGGAGACGGAUCUCCUCUUUGCAAAGGCUGACAAGGGUAAACACUCACACUCACUCACACACACUCUCUCCCUCUCCCUCUCCCUCUCCCUCUCCCUCUCCCUCUCUCUUUCUUUCUUUCCAUCUGCUCCUGGAAUACGUUCUAACCCCCCAUGCACAGACCUUGUCACCUACUGUGAGAACGAAAAUGUCCCCUUCGUUACCUUCCGCGAUUGGUCCACCAUCUUCCAGACCUGCAAGGACAUCGUUGCCGGCAAAGUUACCGUCCAGGAGUCUGCCAAGGGACGCAUCUAG